CGGAUCCCGGGUGCGCACCUACGCACUGCUUGGCAAGCCAUGCUGUGGCGGCAUCCCAUAUAAAGUGGAGGAAGAUGGGCACGGAUGUUAGCCCAGGGCCAGUCUUCCUCGGCAAAAAAAAAAAAAAAAAAAAGGAGGAUUGGCAGAUGUUAGCACAGGGCUGAUCUCCUCACAAAAAAAUAAAAUAAAAUAAAAUGUGGCAAUUCUAGAAAUCACAUUCUGCCCCCUCCUGGGUUUGUUCAUGCUGUUUAUUGUAGUAGUAGUGUUUGUUUAGUGUCUUUUCUGAACUAAUUCUGUAAAGUAUAUUCUUUGUCGUGUCUGGCUACUGAAAUCUCUGUUCCAUUAGCUUUGUAGUCAGCUAAUGAAUGUACAGAGAUUUCCUUAAAUGCCUGGAACCAAAAAUUCUCUCAGUCUUUGCUGAGGGGCUCUUUGUACAUGUUAGGGCAUGUCUUCAACACACAGCCAGGCAGUUUACAAUUAUGGCUUAGCCUUCACUUCCUGCUUCUGCAGAGCCUCAAGAUCAGCCAGAGGUGACAGCUUAGAGCCUUCUCAGGUCUUUCCUGAGCGUGUGCACAACCCUGGGCAUGCGUGUGGCCUUCUAGAUUCCCAGGAAUAUAUUGGAGCUUUUCAAUGCCCUUAUGGGCAUCUCAUUCUCUGGUCUUUUUCUGCCAAGCUCUUUGAUUAGUCUAUCGUUUGCCCCAACUGGUUUUCUGUCCCUCAGGCAGCAGUGACUAAAACAUUUGACUGUAAAUGUUUUGGACAAAGUGGGAUAGUUUCUUUAGCACUAGGCCCCUUUUGAGUAGGGCAAAAUAAAGACAAGCCUUUUGAGCUGGUCUUUCAGGGAGUGACAAGGCAGGUCAAGACAAAUAAUUACAACACUUUGAAAAUGAGAUCUGUUCUGGUUCCUCAGUUACCAGCAAUGCAAGCUGUUAUUUUCAAGGCUACUGCUGAUCUGGGGAUUGGGAUGUUCUCCAAUAGUGAUGAAGCUGUAAUCAAUAAAAAACUUCCCAAAGAACUCCUAUUACGGAUAUUUUCUUUUCUGGAUGUUGUUACCUUGUGUCGCUGUGCUCAGGUCUCCAGGGCCUGGAAUGUUCUGGCUCUGGAUGGCAGUAACUGGCAGCGAAUUGACCUGUUUGAUUUCCAGAGGGAUAUUGAGGGCCGGGUAGUGGAGAAUAUUUCAAAAAGAUGUGGGGGCUUUUUACGAAAGUUAAGUCUUCGUGGGUGUCUUGGAGUAGGAGACAAUGCAUUAAGGACUUUUGCACAAAACUGUAGGAACAUUGAAGUACUGAAUCUAAAUGGGUGUACAAAGACUACAGAUGCUACAUGUACUAGCCUUAGCAAGUUCUGUUCCAAACUCAGGCACCUUGACUUGGCUUCCUGUACAUCAGUAACAAACAUGUCUCUGAAAGCUCUGAGUGAGGGAUGUCCACUAUUGGAACAAUUGAACAUUUCCUGGUGUGACCAAGUAACCAAGGAUGGCAUCCAAGCACUAGUGAGAGGCUGUGGAGGGCUCAAGGCCUUAUUCUUAAAAGGCUGCACACAGCUAGAAGAUGAAGCACUCAAGUACAUAGGUGCACACUGUCCUGAACUGGUGACUUUGAACUUGCAGACUUGCUUACAAAUCACAGAUGAAGGUCUCAUUACUAUAUGCAGAGGGUGCCAUAAGUUACAGUCCCUCUGUGCCUCCGGCUGCUCCAACAUCACAGAUGCCAUCCUGAAUGCUCUAGGUCAGAACUGCCCGCGGCUUAGAAUAUUAGAAGUGGCAAGGUGUUCUCAAUUAACAGAUGUAGGCUUUACCACUCUGGCCAGGAAUUGCCAUGAGCUUGAAAAGAUGGACUUGGAAGAGUGUGUUCAGAUAACAGAUAGCACAUUAAUCCAACUUUCUAUACACUGUCCUCGGCUUCAAGUAUUGAGUCUGUCGCACUGUGAGCUGAUCACAGACGAUGGAAUUCGUCACCUGGGGAACGGUGCCUGCGCCCAUGACCAGCUGGAGGUGAUUGAACUGGACAACUGCCCACUAAUCACAGAUGCAUCCCUGGAGCACUUGAAGAGCUGUCACAGCCUUGAGCGGAUAGAACUCUAUGACUGCCAGCAAAUCACACGGGCUGGAAUCAAGAGACUCAGGACCCAUUUACCCAAUAUUAAAGUCCACGCCUACUUCGCACCUGUCACUCCACCCCCAUCAGUAGGGGGCAGCAGACAGCGCUUCUGCAGAUGCUGCAUCAUCCUAUGACAAAGGAGGUGGUCAACGGUGGUGAACUGAGUAUUUAAUGACACUUCUAGAAUUACCGUGGAGUCUCCAGUGGAAGCAACCCCAGUGUUCUGGGCAAGGGUUACAAAGUGAGGGCAGCGUCCAGAUCUCCAGAGCCACACAUGCAUACACGUACCCACCCUCACCCCCACCCACUCUAGCUCUGUGACCAGGGAACUGAAGUUUGUGCUGGCUUUAUCAAGUGGAUUGGUAAAACUUAACCAUUCCUGUUGGACGUGCCCAGAAGAAAGUCAUAGGCAAGGUAGAAGGAAAGGGGGUAUUCCAGCAAACCCAGUGUUACUGCUACUGUGGUUUCUUUAUUUUCUUAAGGGGUUUCUUUGGUGAUAUUGGAGCAGCAACUGCAGUCCUCCAGGGUCAAGGAAAGCAUAAAAAAACAAUAUAUGCUGUAUCCAGGGACCAGGAAGAGAAUUUCUUUGCAUCCUAUAAAUGGUAGUCAUCCACUGUGAGAUGACUACAGAGCUUCUGUGCUUCCUUAUUCCCAUGCCAACAUGCUGAGCAUGCUCACAAAGAAGGCUCGUCCAUUCCUCCUCUUGUGUUUUAGUAUUUGGCCCAGAGGUUUCCUAAAUGGUUGCAUUGAAAUCGCUGUGGUCCAAAUGUGAUUACUUAUUCACGCAAAUUGUCACUCUCUGUAGUAUACUUGUGCACCUGUCUUUCGUUCGCUGUUGCUCCCUCCUGCACUCUUGCUCAGUCUGUCAUCUGUUUAUAGUCUGCUUACUCACACUCAAUUGUUACUCGUUUGCUGCUGUUGUGUUUACAGUUUGCAUUUUGGGUGAUUAGUUGGGGUUACCAAACAUUUUUAAAAGAGACAUUAUCAAUAAAUAUUUUUUUAAUUCUAAAUUUUA